AUGGGCAAGAAGCGCGUUCUAGUUGGCUAUGGCAUUGACAUCGACGCAGUCUCCGGAUGGCUAGGCUCAUACGGAGGGGAGGACAGUGUCAAUGACAUCAGUCGAGGUCUCUGGGCAGGACACGUUGGCACACCCCGCGUGCUGAAACUACUGGAAAAGUACGGGAUCAAAGCAACAUGGUUCAUCCCGGGUCAUUCGCUCGAGACCUUCCCCGAAGAAUGUGCAAUGGUUCGCGACGCCGGACACGAAAUCGGAUUGCACGGCUAUACACAUGAGAAUCCAUCCAGUCUCACCACCGAACAACAGCGCGACAUCCUCGACAAAACGUACAAUCUGCUGACUGAUUUCUGCGGAAAGCCUCCCCGCGGCAUUGUCGCACCAUGGUGGGAGUCCAGUGCGGAGAUGGUCGAGCUUUUGCUGGCAUAUGGAAUUGAGUAUGAUCAUUCCAUGUCUCAUGAAGAUUGCCAGAUGUACUGGCUGCGGACGGGAGAUACAUGGACGAAUAUUGAUUACAGUCAGAAAGCGGAGACUUGGAUGAAGCCUCUGGUUCGGGGAACUACCACUGGUCUGGUUGAGAUCCCGGGGAGUUGGUAUAUCGAUGAUUUACCUCCUAUGAUGUUCAUCAAGAACUCGGCUAAUAGCCAUGGCUGGGUGAAUCCUCGCGAUGUUGAGGAUAUCUGGAAGGAUCACUUCGACUAUUUCUAUCGAGAGUAUGAUGAGUUUGUCUUCCCAAUGACAAUCCAUCCGGAUGUCUCCGGUCGGCCUCAUGUAUUGCUCAUGCAUGAACGAAUCAUUGAGUAUAUUAAUAAACACGAAGGAGUGGAAUGGGUGACAUUUGAACAAAUGAGCGACGAGUUCAAGAGCAAGAACAAGCCUCCCGAAGGGGCAUUGAUGCCGUCUGCUCCCGGGGCUAUCGCCAAAGAGAAAUCAUAG